AAUUCCCCUCUGGAGGAAUAAAAAAGAAAAAAACCUGAAAUCAGUUCCUUGGGAUAGAGUCGUCGGAAAACGCCGAGCGUGGUCGUCAUGGUAUUUUUCUGCUUUCUUGUAGAUCAGAAGCGGAAAGUGCACAGUAGCAAGCCAGCAGCAGGGUUUUGCUCGCGGUGCGGCGGAGGGGCUAGCGUGGCUGAUAUGAGUACCGCUACAAGGUUUUGCUAUGUGCCCUUUUACUGGAAAUCUUGGAAGGCAAUUAUCUGUACUUUCUGUGGCGCAAUUCUUCGAUCUUACCGAUGAUCAUGGUCGUGUCGGGAGAUAUAUGUGAUUAAUUAGUAUAUAUAUUGGUUCUUUCUUUAGCUGAUUUUUGGUGUUUAAGCGUUGAGAAGCUAGGAUAUUCAUAUAUAUAUAUAUAUUAUGGAUUUUCAGCUGAUCUAGGUGACCUUUCGCUGCUCUGUUUUCCUUCUCUUAGAAGUCUUUGCUGACCUUGAGUGUCAGCGUAUUAAUAUUAUUGACUAAAAUUCAAUUUCUUGAAGAGGUAAUGAAAAGCUAGUUACUAGUGAAAUUUCUAGUUUCUGGUGUGAGGAUCUGCCUAUAUGGAUUGAUUAUUGUACAGAAAAAGGAAGUGAUGUAUUAUUGCUUCUGUUAAGAGAAACUUAAGAGGAAAGGAGGACUACAGGAAGCGUAUUUAUUGCUAGUAAAAUGCAAUAACAAUU